AUGGAACCAAAGCUCAUCAAACACAACCCUGGAACGAAGCUCCGCAACAAAACAGCACUUGAUACGACAUUUCUUGUCAAGGGCUCUACACCCUACAUGCUGGCGGUGAAGCGAAUCGACAAGAUGCUCGAGAAGUUCGACACUUCUGGUGUGGGACAUAAGAAGUACCAACUGGGUGAAUACAAGAAGGUGAGAUAUAUCACGGUAAAAGGCAUGGGAAAGGCAAUCAAUACGGCAGUUUCUAUUGCUUUGCACUUCCAAACAAAGAAACAGUACAAGGUGGACGUGAAGACGGGUACAGUAGAGGUGCUUGAUGAACUUAGGCAAGCUCUGGAGUACUCUACCAAAGACAGCGACGACGAGGAGGCUACGUUCAAGAAGAGACUGACAAGCUACGUGGAUAUCAAAAUCUGGCUCAAGAGGGGAACUUAA